AUGGGUCCCGCGGCGAACGCGGGCGGCCGCGGCCGAAGGUUCCGGAGCCCCGCGGCGGCUCCCCUCCCGGACACCGGCUGGGUCUGCGGUGGGAGGAGGGAGCGGUUGGUCCCCACCCCAGUCCUCAGCGCGCUUCUCACGGGCUUUCGCUGGGCUGGGGGGGCUGGGGAGGACCCGCUCGGUGACACCGGCUUCCGGGCCCGUUCUGGCUUGCGGUCGUGGGGCUGAAACAAGAAUUUCUUUGAAGUGGUCUUAGGUGAAGAAAAUAUGGUUCUUACAUUGAUUCCAGUUAAUGAGGAAAUUGUUGAAGACCAUCAAACGGAACCAAGUGUUUCUUCAACUUCAGAAGUCAAAGUGGAGUCACUGAGUCCAGACGAUCAAGUUCAUCCUCCUCAAAUAGAUGAACAGUUCAAAGCUUGCCCAAAAUCUAGUUGUAGUAAACCAAUUUAUCCCUUGCCAACCAUAUUGCCUCCAAUUAAGAACGUGAGUCGGGACACUUUGCGGAAAUGGUGCCAACAACUUAAUUUGAGUACCGAUGGUCAGAAAAUAGAGGUUUAUCUGAGACUCCAGAAACAUGCUUAUCCUGAAAAAGAUCAGUAUAUUCCUGAAUCAUCACGGGAGGCCAGAUUGCAGUCAUCUCCAGGGAAACACAAGAUGGUGACCAAGAGAGCAAGUGUUCAGAAAAAGAAGAUGAGUGAGAAUGAGGAAAGGACUAACAUGGUUGAAGUGAUAACUUCAGCUCAGGCAGCCAUGUUGGCAGCAUGGUCAAGAAUUGCUGCAAGAGCCAUUCAAUCUAAGGCUGUAAAUUCACGUCCCCUGCCUACCUCUGUUGAGUCCUUUCUGCCGCAAGCUUCCGGUGUCCGGUGGUGUGUGGUCCAUGGCAGACCACUCUUGGCAGACACAGAAGGUUGGGUUCGCUAGCAGUUCCAUGCAGGUCAGACCUGGGUGCCUAACACUCCCAGGAGGAUGAUCUCUGUCUUCAUGUUACCUGCCUGCACUUUCCCAUCCCCAGACCUAGAAGAUAAUAUGUUAUGUCCUGAAUGUGCUAAGAGGAAUAAGAAAAUUAUGAAAAGAUUAAUUGCAAUGGGGAAGAGGAAGAAACCUGGUUUGGACAUACCAACAUCAUUACCACUGAUCUUCUUCCUGUCACCAUAG